CAGUAGAGUAUUUCCACAUGCUAAUUUGGUGGCACGAGUUUUGACACACAAGUUUGGAAAUCACUGACAUCAAAAGAAAACUUGAGCAAAGUUACUAUGCUAAAUUGCUAACGAUGUAAACAACGUAACAACAUUGUAAACAAUCUCGUGGUUCACAGUGUUUUGAUUUCGAUAAGAGGGAAAAGCAUAGCCUAAGUGGUUAACAAGAAUAAAGCUUUUGCUCCAGUUUGCACUCCGAUGCGCUUUUUCGUAAUGUGUACAUCGAUUUCUGUAUUUUUACAACAUAUUGCUGUAUGUUACGACAGUAGGAACAGUCAACGCGACUAAUAACACAGGCUAGUUUUGGAUUGUUUUGCGUGGUUAUAGAGAUUUUAGCUACGCAUGUUUAAACUAUUAGAGUGAUUACGGUGAUACAGUCAGCACUACUCACAAUGACCGUCUACGAAAAAAUGUACCCAUCUAGCCAUAAAACAGUUUUCGUACUAGAUCACACACCUUACUUCGGCAUUUCUUGUGAAUGUCAGAUAGAAUUUGAUUUCAGCAAAUCUCGCGGUCCAGGUUUUAUUCCAUUAGCCCCAAUUUCAAAAUCAUUGUGGACGUGCAGUGUUGAAGCUGCCGUGGAAUACUGUAGAAUUGCAUGGGACCUUUUCCCGCAAGGAAAACUGAUCCGCUUUGUCGUAAGUGACACAAGUGCCCAUACUCUGAACACAUGGAGCCAACAGCAACAGAAUUUGACUCAUAUUCUUAAUGGCACAGCAGCUGUAGGUGUGCCUGCCAGGGCACACCAGUCUUCUGAAUAUUCAGUUAUUCAUGGUCUGCGUGCUGCAAUUGAAGCCUUAUGUGAAUGCUCUGACAUACAGCAUGAAAAACGCACAUCCCUUACAGAAAAUGCUGCAAAGGUUCUGAACAGAUGCCGUGUUAUAUGUAUAACUUCUGCCCGGGAUAAUGCUAGUAUGAAGAGCUUGGAAGAUAUCUUUCAAAAUGUUCUGAUUCAGCAAAACAAAAUUGCUGCUGCAUCUGACCACUUAAUCACUGUUCAUCAUUGCCACUUGGUCAUCAUCAAUGUCUACCCAAACAAUGUAGAAAGUCAAGUGACAGGACAUCCUCCUAGAGAUCUGUCAGCAAUACUGACUUCUGAGGUCCAUUCUGUGAAAGCUGGUGGCCAGAUUGCGUCAAAACUUACCCAUUUAAUUUUGAGCCAUUAUGAUUUGGCCUCCACUACAGUAACUGGUAUACCAAUGAAAGAAGAACAAAAUGCUAGCUCAUCAGCUAACUAUGAUGUUGAAAUAUUUCACUCUUCUGCUGCUCACACGUCUAUUUUAAAAGGUAAUGCAGCAGACUCAGCAAUGAUACGUACCCAGCGAGAAGGUGCAGAGUAUGAAACUGUGACUUUGAAAUGGUGUACCCCUCGUGGUUGCAGUGCCGCUGAGAUGCAGAAUUGCACAGCUACUCACCGCAUCACUCCUGUUGAUGUGAACAGCCGGCCUUCUUCGUGUCUCAUAAACUUCUUGCUGAAUGGUCGUUCUGUCAUGUUGGAAAUGCCAAGGAAAACUGGAGGAAAGAUAAUUUCACAUUUGCUUGCUGCUCAUGGCGGAGAAAUAUUUGUCCACACUUUAGUAACUGCACGUAGUGUCUUGGAAGAUCCUCCUUCUAUCAGUGAAGGUUGUGGAGGUCGUGUGACAGAUUAUCGGAUAACGGAUUUUGGUGUGCUAAUGCAGAAUAACAAACUGAUACCUCUGAAACGAAAAUAUGAUGAAACUGAGCCAGAGACACCAUUAGACAAGAUGAGAGCCCGACUUGAUCGCCAUACAAAGUAUUGGCCCAUCACUAUUUCAUCAACAUUAAUUUUUAAUCUGAGGAUGUACAUUGAUCCUCUUCCUCAGUUGAUGGUGAAAGAAGAGCUCACAAACGAAGAAGUAGUGCAAUGCAAGCAAGUAAUCUAUAAUCUCAUUGGUUUGGAAUCAAAACAUGAGAACCUACAAACACCAAAUAUGGGACAGAGGGGAAAGGGUCCAAAAAGGGAAGAACAGUAUCGGAUUAUGUGGAAUGAACUGGAAACUUUCUUGCGAGCACAUUGUCGCAGUGAGCAACACAGCCGUGUGUUGAAUUGCCUCUUGGAAUGCCGGAACAAGUCUCCUGAUGACGAUAAAACAAAGGCUGAAAAACCUGGAGACAUAGUAGAACUUGAUGAGGCUCUUCGUGAACUUGACCAAUUUGGAAAAUUGGGUGAAACCUCAUCAGAGUUUUCAUCUCGAGCAACAGUUAUCCGAGCAACAACCGAUUCUCCAAUGUCUCCACCACCAGCAUCUGCAACAGUGGGAAUUGUUUCCACAACUCGAGUGCCACCAGUGGGACACAGAUCAGCAGCUGUAGGAAGUAGCAUAUAUUCAGGACCUCGCACUUUCCUUGAUGUGUGGGUUGAACGAGUUGCAUCACGUUCUGACACAAAGUUGGAAUUCUCAGGGCGGCUUUCAGGAGAUCCACUUCCAGGUGGUGGCAGCAUUGCAAGACUGUAUCCAAAUGUCAAAGAUGCAAGUGAAUCAAGAACUGGUGGUAAUCGUGGUGCUGAGAUAGUUGGCGAUGGAGAUGGAACUGGAGAUGUAGCAUCAAUAACAUAGACGAAGAAGUUUUUUCAAAUUUUCUUAAAGUAAAUUAAAUAAAUUUUGAAGUCAGUGGCAGAUCAGUUACUGCAGGGAACUUUUUAACAACUUA